GCAGUGCCAUCCUACUUUCAGGCGACUCCAACAAACAGACAACCAAUGUUAAACUUCGAACUUUGAAGUCGACCAGGUUUCAGUUUUUUACAUCAAGAACCGUUAAUUUCAGCGACAGAACUGGUAUUCUCAUGUUCACUAUUUGUAGUUCUGUACAAAUCAAAAUAUCUCAUUCUCUCAAAAUAUAAAGAGAACUCCAAACAUCUCUCACUAGUCACUCAUUCCGUUACCUUGAUCAGCUGACUCACUUUGUCUUCCCGACUUCCCCUAAUUCUUGUCACUAAAGAUGUUCAAGGAAAAAUCCUCAAAUUACAAAAAAAAAAGAAAAGAAAUGUUGUCUCUUGCACUGUGCAACUCAAACCCACAACUUCAUCUCCACUCUUACAACAAGAACAGCCUCUCUAAUUCUCAGUUGAUUAGAUCACAAUUCCAACCAAAACAAAAUCUGAAGCUAGGGUUACCUUUUUCUUCAUUUUCACUCAAUCACAACCAAAAUCCCUUAUCAUUUAAGACCAACAAUAAGAAUCAAGUUGUUUGUGAUUGCUUCUCCUUAUCAAGUUGCUAAUUUAAGAGGAACGGAAGCUGGUUCUCUUAUUUCUUUGUGCAUUGCAGGGUUCUUGGCUUUUCAGCAUUUCAGAGGGGUAGGAGAUGUAAAAAAAGGAUUUGAGCAAAGUUCUAUUCUUGCUACUGUUGGGACACCUGUAGAAAUACGGCAGGCAGCUGGUUUGCUUCUGUAAAAUAAUUUCAGAACUGCAUUCAAAUCCAUGACUCUAUCGUAUCAGCAGUAUAUAAAGUCAGAAUUGUUACCCUGCUUAGGGGCAUCAGAUAGGCACAUCAGAUCUACUGUUGGGACAAUUAUUAGUGUUAUCAUUCAACAAGGAAGGGUACCUGGCUGGCCCGAACUGUUGCAAGCUCUUCUACAUUGUUUGGACAGUAAGGAGCUAAGUCACAUGGAAGGUGCAAUGGAUGCUUUAUCCAAGAUUUUGUGAAGAUAUUCCCCAAGAGCUUGAUGUAGAUGUACCUGGAUUAGCCAAACGUCCUAUCAAUGUAUUCCUUCCCAGAUUAUUCCAGUUCUUCCAAUAAUCACAUGCUUCACUCAGAAAGCUUUCAUUGGGUGCUGAUAAUCAGUUCAUCAUGUUGAUGCCUAUGGCUUUGGUUCGAUCUACGGAUCAAUAUUUCCAGGGCUUGUUUGUUCUUGCUACUGAUCCUACUGCAGAGGUGCGAAAAUUGGUUUGUUCUGCCUUUGUUCAGAUUAUUGAAGUUCGUCCGUCUUUCUUGGAGAAGCGAAAUCUCCGGAUUGUGUAUGAUGCCGUUGGUACUCUAGCAGAUGCUGUUGGGGAAGAGCUAAAUCAGCCCAGGUGUCUUGAGAUUCUGAUGCCUCCAUUAAUCUCAAAGUGGCAGCAACUCGCAAAUUCAGAUAAAGAUCUUUUUCCGUUGCUUGAGUGCUUUACGUCAAUAGCACAGGUUGAUCCUGCCUCAGCUGUAGUGCUGUACGAGAAGGAAUUUGUUGUCUGCUCCUUGGACCUUCUCUCAGGGCUUGCAGAAGGUCUUGGCAAGUUGGCAAUGCUGUAGAGAGUUUGGUAUUUUCUUUAUUUAGAAUUUCUUGAUCGGAAUUUUUCUUAUUCGUAUGUUUGCCUUGUUCAAGUUAUGUCUUUUUUUCCUGAGAUGACAAUCACUUAUUCAGUUGUUAAAAAACGUAAGUUAGUUGCUUUUGCUAACUUGAAAGUAACUGAUAUAUAAGGUGAAAUUUAUAAAUCUCCAAAACUUAGAUUGCCAUAGCUCAAACACCUUAGAUUUAUCGAUCCACUGCUUACAGUUAAGAUACUGCCUUCUAAUCACUUCCGUGGAAGAUUCUGACCGACCCACCCAUAUAGCUUCUCAUUGGCACUUAAAUUUAAUUUUUCUUGAGAAAGAGGGUCCAAAACAAAACCCAACAAGUUCAUCAAAAUCUCUUAGUGAUUCCUGUGAAAUCUUUUUCUGUUUCUUAAUGGCGACUUCGUUUCCUCUUAUAUCUGCCAGAUUCUUUUUGUCUCUGAUUUGUCUUUAUCAUUUUUCUUGUUUUGCUCAAACUAAUUUUGAAUCUGUGGUUUUAGCAUGAUUUUGAUUCUGUGAUUUAUCAACUCUUUUGGCGAUGUAUGUGUAGGUAUUUCUGUUUGGAUUUUUUUAGAUGUAGAAAAAAUCAUGAGAUUGUUUGAUUUAGGGAUUUCUAAAUCAGUGAUUUGAUAAUUAUAUGAUGCUGUUUAGAUCCGCUAAGUUUCAGCGAGAAGUAAAGUGGAGUUUUUAUUUACCUGUUGGGUUUCUUUGGUUUGAUUUAGGCUUCUUUAGGGUACUGUUAUAUGAUUUUGGUUAGUGAAAUUCGUGGAAUAGAUUUGCCUAUCUCAUACAAGUCAAGGCAUGGCAUGAAGGAGAUUUUACAUAAUCAUCAAUUUUUUAUUUCUAGAUUCAUAAAUAUAUGACAAAGACUGGAGAUGUUUUGGUUAUACUACGAAACAAAUUAAUAUGCAGAUUGUUGGUACU